CUCACCUCUCUUUCCUUUAAUUUCCUUUACGUUCGUUGAAAAUGUUAGGAAUACGAAAACGCAAAGAAAUUUCCCUUCUUCUUCUCUUUUCUUCUUCUUAUUGCUUACUGUUACACCGUCGAAAACGACCCACAAAUUUUCCCUCCAUAAUUGCUUCUGUUUUAAGCUAUCAUUGAAUCUUUCACUUCGUAUCUUGAAUCUCCCCAAGAAAUUCUUUUCCAGAUUUUCUCUGCAACAGGCUUUUAGCUAUGGGGAGUUUCAUGUCUGAGAUUAACUUGAAGGACUUCUACAUUCCAAACUAUAUUUUGUCAAUUGGAUCAGAGGUGGAAAGAGUUAGCCAUCUCCCUGUUUGUCCAGUUAUUGUUUUCAUUAACUCCAAAAGUGGCGGUCAGCUUGGAGGCGAACUCCUUGUCAGAUAUCGUGCUCUUCUCAACAAAAAUCAGGUUUUUGAUCUGGGAGAGAGUCGCCCUGACAAGGUGCUACAUCAACUUUAUCAUAACUUUGGCAUGCUCAAGGACAAUGGAGAUCUUUUGGCUGCACAUAUCGAAAAGAAUCUUAGAUUAAUUGUUGCAGGUGGAGAUGGUACUGCAAGCUGGCUUCUGGGAGUCGUUUCUGAUAUGAAACUGCCUCAGCCACCUUCAAUUGCUACUGUGCCAUUGGGAACUGGAAACAACCUUCACUUUUCCUUUGGAUGGGGAAAGAAAAAUCCCGGCACAGACAGUCAAUCCGUUGAAUCAUUUUUGAGUCAAGUAAGGAGUGCAAGAGAAAUGAAGAUUGAUAGUUGGCAUAUUCUCAUGAGAAUGCGAAGUCCAAAGGAAGGUUCUUCUGAUUCUAUUGCACCUCUCGAACUGCCUCACUGUUUGCAUGCAUUCCAUCAGGACAAUUGGCAUGUAUUUCGUGGUGGAUUUUGGAAUUACUUCAGUAUUGGAAUGGAUGCUCAGGUAUCAUAUGCGUUUCACUCUGAGAGAAAGUUGCAUCCAGAAAAUUUUAAGAAUCAAUUAACUAAUCAGAAAGCAUAUCUGAAGAUUGCUUGUAAACAAGGAUGGUUUGUUUCUCCUUUAUGCCAUCCUACUUCCAGGAACAUAGCAAAUCUUGCAACCGUGAAGAUUAUGACGAGGGACGGUAUCUGGGAGGACCUUGUAAUUCCCUCAAGUAUCAGAUCUAUAAUUUGUCUUAAUUUGCCAAGUUUUUCUGGUGGACUUGAUCCUUGGGGAGAUCCAAGCAAAAAUAAAUUACGUGAUAGAGAUCUAACUCCUCCAUAUGUGGAUGAUGGGCUUAUUGAGAUCGUUGGUUUUCGAAAUGCCUGGCAUGGGCUCGUCCUACUUGCUCCAAAUGGACAUGGAACUCGUCUUGGUCAGGCAAAAAGGGUUCAGUUCGAGUUUCAUAAAGGUGCAAUUAACCAUGCUUACAUGAGAAUUGAUGGGGAGCCAUGGAAGCAACCCCUUUCUGUGGAAGAUGACAAAGUGGCCAUAGAAAUUAGUCAUUCUGGUCGAGUCAGCAUGCUCGCCAACCUACCUUGCCGAGCUAAAAGUGUGCAUGACCCUUCUUCAACUCACAGUUGUGGCAUCAAACAUUAUGUUUAUAAGGACCACGAAUUUGCAGAAGAAUAUGAGGUGGUAAGGAAGUUCGGUGCAGCUUCUACCUUUAAGUAUGUGGACGCAUCUGACACAGUUCAUUACCAAUAGGUCCUGACAUCUUGGCUUUUCAUGUUUUUGUGUAUAUGUUUCAUAAUCAUUUGACAUGAUUGAUGAAGGAAGUAGUUGCCUCAGCUCUAAGAGAUUACUUAUCAUGUAGGCAGUGCAGAAUAGGAUCCUCUUGUCAAAAAUUCCCUCCCCCGCCCCCCAAUUAUAGAUGUAUCGAUAUUACUGUUUAGAUUCAACACCCAUUGGCUAUGCAAACAUUUGAUUCAUUCAUGCGAAAUAUUUACAAGGAUGCUACCGUAA